AUGGUACAUAUUAAAAAUAAAAAACAAAGAGAAAGAGUUGAACAAUCAACUUUAUUUGCAGAAGCAAAAGAAAAAGAAAUUCAAGAUAGAUUAAAAUAUGGUGCCCCAGUUGAAGAGAAAUCAGAUGAUCAAUUGUUUUAUAUGGAUAAAUCAGGUGGUAAAAACAAAUCUCAAUUCAAAGAUGUUCCAUUAACUAGAGCUGAAAAAAUAUUAGCACCAAAUCCAAAUGUUGAGGUACUCUCAAAAGAUGUUAAACAAGAUAAUAAAGUAUUUAAUGAAAUAAAAAAAGUAGAAAAGAAAUUUGAAAAGAUUCACGAAAAUAAAAAGAAAGAAAUUCUUCAAAUUAAAAAAAUCACCAAAGGUCAAAGAAAACAACAAAGAGAAAAAGAACACAAAAAGAAAUUCGAAUUAUGGGGUGAAGAACCAAAACCAGCCGAACCAGUUGAUCAAGAAAAUGAUUUCGUCUCCAAAAACCUUUUAGAAAAUAGAAACCUUAAAGCAAAGAAAGUAAAUCAUCCAGCAUUAAUUAAAAAAGUUUUAUCAAUUGACCUUCCAGAGCCAGGUAUGUCAUAUAAUCCAUCAUAUAACGAUCAUCAAGAUACAUUAGGUGUAGCUGUCGCAAAAGAAAUUAUAGCUCAAGACUAUAUUGAUGGUAUCGAUAAUCAAUUAAACCCAGAAGUUGUAAAAUAUCAAGAUAACGGUAUUGUAGAAAAUAUUGAAUUUGAACCAGCCACCAAUGAACCAACUGAUAGAAUUACUAAAAAAGAAAAAAAUAAGAGAAUUAGAAGAGCUGAAGAAAUGAAGAGACAAAAAGCAGCUCAAGAAAAGAAAUUAUUUAAUCAACAAAUUGAUAAAGUUUUAGAAACCCUUGAAGAAGUUAAACAAGAAGAAGAUAUCCAAAAAGAAAAGAGAGAAAAAAGAGUAGAAAAGAAAAAACAAAAUACUCUUCCAAGACGUUUAGGAAAAUAUAAGAUAAAUGAAAUACAAGAACCAAUUUUAUUAACUAAUCAAUUACCAAAAUCAUUUUCAUCAAUUUCAAAUGACAAUUAUAACCCAUUAAAAGAAAGAUAUCACAAUUUACAAAAGAGACACGUUAUUGAAGCUUCAGGUCCACAAAAUAAACCAAAGAAAGCUAAACUUAAAGUUUACACAUCAAAUGCCUGGAACAAUACCACACCAGCUUCAAUUGAUAAUUAA